GUCGCAUCGCUCUCCGGCUUCGAGUUCAGUUGCCGACCCCUUCGAUCGAGAUCGACCUAUCUCUUUUGUGAAAGCAGCGAGAAAACCCCGAUUUGGUGAACACGCGCAAGACGCGUCCGCUGGUGUCCCGCUCGUUGUUUCUGCGAGGGUGAACGGAAGUGAUAUACGUACGUUGAUUUUCCGAACGGCAAACAACCACAGGUUUUGUUUCCGAUAUCUAAUCGAUCGUUUAUACAGCAAAGCAUCAGCUGAGACUAUCAGAUGGCGUUGGCUUUGAGAAAUCCCCGUACUCUGACAAUCGUCCAGACCUGCAUCAUCAUGUUAAUCUUCUGCUUCGCCGGAUGCGCGGCCGGGUCCUGUUUAAGCUAUGGGCAUUCUUGUUGGGGAGCGCACGGAAAGCGUAGCGAGGACCAAGUCGGGGCCACCAUGCGCAUUCUGGCAGCCAAGACUUCAUCAAACGGAUCCCCCCAUAACGACGUCGUACCUUCGUCCAAAACGCAAUGGAUUCUAUCUCGUUUGAUCGCUGGACAACCCGUGCUACCAUCAUCGGAUAAAUAUCGUGUCAGAUGGAGCGAUUUCACUAAAGAUAAGGAUGUAUACGCAUCCCCAAAAUGGGAAUACAACGUAGCACCGAUAAACGACGAGAGCAUCGAACCGAUGAGAAUCCCAAUUAACAACGAAAGCAAUGAGAAGAAAAUCAACGACGCGCAAGGUAUAAUGCGGACUGUAAACGAGAAACUUGGAAACGUUCCAGAAAUUGUUUUAGUUUCGUCUAAUGGAUAUGAUAAGCCAAUUAAUGGUUUUCGGAAAUUAGACGUGCUCGAGUUGUUGGUACGUCUUGUGAUCUUAUGUUCAUAUUCAUUCGAUUUAUUAAUAAUUUUCUUAAUAAAUUUUCGUGUCAAGAAUUACCUUACAGGUAUUACAAUGCGUUUGAUUUCAGAAUGAGAGGAAUGGAAAUGCGAAAUAAAUGGACAAAAGAAUACACAACAUCGCGACGAGAAAGAAUUUUCCAAAAACAAGUCUUAUCGAAGUGAUAAUAAUUCUCCAUUAAAGAAGACGUAUAUGUCUUUCGUAUUAAAUUAUGAUCUGAUUUUGUGUUCUAUCUGGAUUAAAUCUUACUUAUAGGAGACUCUGUACUCUUCUCUCUAAAGAAAUUUUCGAUAAUAGAUAUUUUAUUAACAUUUAUAUUAUUUAUAUUAUCUAAGCUAAUAGAUAAUAGCAAUUUUAUUGACUGCACUUGAUUUCAAACAAUGAGAUUGUAUGUGUAUAUCUACUACUGCAGAGUAAUUAUCUCUAUACUGAAACUAUGGAAGCUUUCUGUCCUCUUCUUACUCUGUAAAGCUUAUCGAAUAAAUUUUAAACCCUGAUU